ACUCCGUAAAUAAUAGUAAGGCGUGAAGGAAAACACUGAAAAUCCAUUUCCCAAAAACUCAUUAAUCCAUUCAUCCCCAAUUAGAUUCCGGCGGCCGGCAACCACCGCAGAUAUCAAUCAAUCAUGUGGAGGCAGCGGGCGGUUUCGCUGAAUAGAUAUUUUUCUUCCUCAACUAUAACAAAGAAUAAUAAUAAUAAUAGUAAAGGAAUAACAGAAUUACUGAAAUUAGAAGAGGUUGAGAAAAUCCUAAGUGAUGUAAGAGCUGAUGACGUCAGGGUUAUUCCUGUCUUUAGAAAUAAUAAUCAAUCUGAAUUUACUAAUCACGUUGUUGUUGCUACUGGUAAAUCUCAAUGGCAUGUUCGUAAUAUCGCUCAAGCCCUUAUUUAUAAGGUUAAGCAAAAGCAAACAGGAGCCAAGAGAAUGCUGUUACCAAGCGUAGAAGGGCAAGAAGGAGGAAACUGGAUCGUCAUCGAUUCAGGUUCGUUGAUAGUCCAUGCCCUUGAUGAGAAAGCAAGAGCUUAUUACAACUUAGAGCAGCUGUGGACCUCAAAAGAGGCGAGUAAAGAACAAAAUCAAAGCCAAAGUCAGGAGUUGGAUCAAGCUUUCGUAAAGGUACGCCGCAAGAAUAAUUCCAAAAAACCUGCAAAAGGAAGUGCAUGAUUGAAGCAAACGGGAACAUAUUUGACCACAGUAGAUCAAGUUAUGUUGUAUUGGGCUCAGAAGGAAUUGUAAAUUUAUACGCAUGCCUUUUUUUUCUUUUCCAAGAAAACCUUAGAAACCAACUAUUGUGCCUUUUUAUGCAUGCAUCUUUGUUAAUUCCUUUGAAUAAAUAAGCAAGAAAGGAGAUUAGAACAUAGGGUCUCACAGUUUCAACUAUUCGUACAACUUGGGAUGUAUUGUGAUGAAGCAAAACUUUGGCUCUGGUCAAACCCAUUUAUCUAUUACAAGUAUUCAUCACAAGUC